UUCCUGCAAACUACAAACGAAAAAGACUUCGAACGUCGAAUUGUAGUGUUAGCGGAAAAAUAAACUCAAUGCACUUUUCAAUCCAACUAGAAAGAAUAGUGAAUUAAAAUAAGUUGUGAAAAUAUAAUACUUGCAAAAGUUACUUAAAAUGUUAAAAUAAUAUAUAUAGUUUUAUUUAAAAGCAGUGUGUAAGGUUUAAAGUAAAUAAUUCAGUGAAAAAAUAAUACGGCUUGCAAUCGAAGUAUGAAAGAAGAAGCUAAAAUAAUAACAGAAAAUACCAUUAAUGUAGUGGUUAGAAAACCAACAAAAAUUAAAGUGAUUUGACCAAAGCGUCACAAUUUAAAAAGUAAAUCAGUAAAUAAGGUCAAAGCAGAACCACCAACUUGUUUUGCUUAUUGGACGAACAAAUGAAGUGGUGAUUCAUUGUUGUAUAGUCGCAUUAAACUACAACGAACGUUUGUAUUAUUCAUAAUACGCUACGAAGCUGGGUAAAAAACAGGCAGCGCGUCAACCAGUAACAAAAACGGGUAGUGGUUUACUAUAUCUUGUCUCAGUGUGUUUAAGACUGUAUUACGACAUAAAAACAAUAAACUUUUGCAACAUUCUGGUUUUCCUGCCACUUCUUUGAUUUCUGUGUGUAACUUCAAAAUCGAGCGAACUUCAGUUGCCACACACAUUCAAUAUGGACGUUGCAUCGCGAGGAGUUUCCGCCAUUGUUGAGUAUGAUUACGAGGCAAAGGAACCCGAUGAGCUGGACUUAGUCAAAGGGGCGCUCAUACACAACAUUAAACAAAUGCCGGGCGGCUGGUGGGAAGGCACACUGCAUUCCACUGGCAAAACGGGCAUGUUUCCGGAUAAUUUUGUGCGGAUUGUUGAUAACAGCGACGAAAAUAAAAUCACAAUGAGGGAUAAGUCCGCAACAGCCAACCGCCGCUGCAAAGUCAUAUUCAGCUACACACAAGUCAAUGACGACGAACUGUCGCUGGCCGUGGGUGAUGUCAUUGAAUUCCUUGGGGAGGUCGAGGAAGGCUGGUGGCGUGGACGUUUAAAAACCAAAGUCGGCGUAUUUCCAUCGAAUUUCGUAACCGUUAUUGAGCCAUCACCUAUUUUUGCCAGUAAGCGACCAGCAGCCGGUCCUGCUGCUGCUGCUGCCACAUCCGUAGCAAAAUCAGCAUUGACCACAGCCACAACAGCAACGGUGGAGAAGUCGCAUGUCGGCGCCAGUAGUUCCAUAACGUCGAGCACAACAAGCACUGCGACCGUCGCCAGUUCUUCAACAACGAAGAAAAUGAAUCGCAUUAGUUUUCACAGUUCCAAAGAGGAUCUAUUGAAUAGCAGUAGUGUUAGCAGUAAUUCGGGCACAAGCAACAAUGCAACCGCCGCCGCCGUCGUUGAUGAGAUUGCACCAUCGUUGCCACCGAAACCGCAACGGGAAUACUGUCGCGUUGAGUAUCCGUAUACGCCGCAAAAUGACGAUGAGCUGGAGUUGAAAGUUGGCGAAAUCAUCACCAUCAUCAGCAUGGAAUUGCCGGAUAAAGGCUGGUGGAAGGGUGAACUGCAUGGCAAAGUUGGUGUAUUUCCUGAUAAUUUCGUUAAACUGCUAGAAGUCACCUCACUGAGCGACUCACAGCACCCACAGCGUACUGCCAAAGCAACAAAUGCUACAGCCACCGCCAACACAGCACAAGCCGGCGUAAAAUCAGCCACCGGUGCGGCAGCCACCGCCACAGCUGCCAGCUCGAAGGCGUUCAUCAAGAAGUCGGGCAGCAAUUCGUCGACGCACAGUUCAAAUCGUAAGGACAGUUUCGGCUCAUAUGAUUCACUCAACGAUAUACUCUCUGAAACAGGCUUGCAGAGCGGCAAUGUUGCCGCACAACGCAAAUCGUUGGAGAAUAAAAAUCUAGAUUUGACGGCGAAUGCGGCGGACGCCAGCACACGAUUGGCACUGAAGAAGCAACAAUUACAGCAGCAACACCAACAGCAACACUUACAGGAGACAAAGACCAUAUUGACGAAUAACGGUAGUAUUACAACAACGACCACAACAACAAGCAGCAGCAUGUCGUCAAGCGCCGCCGCAGUUCAAAAUGAAUUGCGCAAGAGUUUGGAGAGUCUGGAUGAGAAGACGAAGACACCACCGCCCGUGCUGACGAAGAAGCCCACCGUGACCACGAAGAAACCAUCGAGCGUUUCGAAUGUUGCGAGCAAUCUUUUCGGUUUUGGCAAGCAAAAGACGAAAAGCACUGAUAGCAAACUCACCACAGCUGCUUCACAAGAUUUCGCCGAUGGCAUGGGCAGCAGCAAAAUGUCAACGAGCAGCCAAUCGGAAACAGUUGUGUUGCGCCGUGCCGCCACUAUAGCGGGUGAAGAUUCCGAUUUCGAUCGGCUGGAACGCGCAUCCAUAUUACCCGACAUGCGCGCGGGACGCGUAAAGGCGCCCAAGCGCCGACCACCCUCGGCGGCCAUUAAUAUAAUUGGUGAAAGCAAUAACAACAACACAAUUUACCUCAAUGGUAGCAGCAGUGGUGGCGGUGCAUCUGGUGGUGAGCUCUCACAAGAGGAAGGCAAAUUGCACUCCUCCGAUGACAAUUCCACCGGUGAAGAGCCCGUGGCAAAACCGAAACCACGCGAAUGGGAAAAGAAGAAAGCGCCUUGGAUGGAGGAGCUGAAGGCAUCGCAAGUGAAAAAGAAGACAUCACCCUCAGUGGAACCGCGCACGCAAGCGACCACUAGCGCGGCAGCCGACCGCACAUCACGUCUACUGGGCGAUGAUGUCAAAGUAACGAACAGCAAUCACCACUUUGCCAGCUCCACGGCCAACACGGCGAGCGUAAGCAACAGCAGCAGUCACAGUAGCAGCAACAAUACAGCCAGUAGCACCACUACCACCACCACAAAAGUACAGUCAUCCUCGUCGUCGGUCACGUCGAGCGUUAUGCAGCAAUCGAUGACAGUCGAGAGUAGCCAACAACUACUGAAGAAGGAACUAAACUCAAACACUAUUGCUGACAUCAUGACCAAAAGUAUGAGCAAUAAAUUCACCACUGACUCAUCACUAACGGCUGCGACGACAGCGGCACCAAACGCCACAGCGGCCAGCGCCGCCGAUGAUGUGCGCAUACGACCCACCAGCCUUUCGAUACGUAAUCGCAGUAUGUCACCUUCGUUGUUAGAAGGUAGUGGUAGUAGUGGAACGCGCACGGCAGCAAUGAAGAGUAACGCUACGCCAGCACCGGCUGUUGUCAAUGAGCCCAGCUCCAACGGCACCGCUGGACCAACCGCAGCGAGUGCAACUCAAGCGGCAUCAACGGCAGCGUCCAGCCAAAAUUCAAUCGGUGCUAAUAACCAUUAUCAACAGCGCACCAACAACACCGCGGCGCCAGCAGGCAAUGAUAACACGCGCAUAGGCGAACUGGAGCGACGUGUGGGCAAACUGGAGUCGACUGUGGUGUCACAACAGCGCACCAUCGAUGAGCUGAUGCGCCUACUGCGAGAGGAGACGGAUCGGGUGAAGGUUCUGCGAGGCGAACUGGACAAAUAUGCGCAGUGCGUGACGCAAGUUUAAUUGUAUAGCCAUAGUUAUACUGCUUGUAUGUAUUGUUAGCGUUAUGUAGCGUUCAAGCGCUAGUGCUGUUCGUUAGUGUGGAUGUGCCCCAGCCCCUUAGCGCCCUGUAAGGCAAUGCGUUUGCAUAGAUAAAGUGAAAGAAAAACAUAGUUUUUUUUUGUUCUUAUUUACUUGCAUAUCUUACUGCAUUCCAAUAUAUAUUUUAUAAAUAGUUUUUGAUUUUCCUUCUUAAAUUAUGUGACUAAUUUAACAUUCUUUUCGGGCAUUGUAAAAAAAAGUCCCAUUCAUAGGUUAGCAAGCAAGUUUGUUGUGCGAAAAAUAUCCAUUAAUCUAUAAGUGUAGCACUUAUUUUAUUAAGUACAUGUAACUAUAACCAUUUAAUAUUUUUUUUUUGCUUCGGAACCAUUAUGUGUUUGGUUUUGCAUGUUUUAUUCUGCUGCUGUUCGCCUACGAUUCGAUCGUACUACAGUGGUUGAGCGGUGUAUUUUGCUUUAUAUUAAUUGCUUAAAUCGAUUGCUGAAUAACAACAACAAAAAAUAAAAUAAAAUACUUAGUAGACAUUAUUAUAAUAGUGUUAAAUACAUAAACGAUAUUAAUAAACGAUAAAUGUACCAUAUCAAAAA